UCACUUAGGAACUAUAAUUAUCAGUAACAUCAGCAGUUUCCGAGAGAGGAAGCAAUCUUUCUUUUCGUGAAACAAAAGAAAACUAAGAUUUGAGGUUCUUGUCGCUUCCAUCAUCGUCAUCGUCAUGUCGGGGAUGGAGAGGCUUCAGAGGAUGUUCGCGGGUGCAGGCGGAGCCCUAGGGCACCCCCCACCAGAUUCCCCCACCCUUGAUUCCUCUGAGCAAGUUUACAUCUCCUCUCUCGCGCUUCUCAAAAUGCUCAAACACGGAAGAGCUGGGGUACCCAUGGAAGUGAUGGGUCUGAUGUUGGGGGAGUUCGUGGAUGAGUACACCGUGCGCGUUGUGGAUGUGUUUGCGAUGCCUCAGAGUGGAACCGGUGUGAGCGUUGAAGCCGUUGAUCAUGUUUUUCAGACUAAUAUGCUUGACAUGUUGAAGCAGACUGGGAGGCCGGAGAUGGUUGUGGGGUGGUAUCACUCGCAUCCGGGAUUCGGGUGUUGGCUUUCUGGAGUGGAUAUUAAUACCCAACAGAGUUUCGAGGCUUUAAAUCAACGUGCAGUGGCUGUGGUGGUGGAUCCCAUUCAGAGUGUUAAAGGCAAAGUGGUAAUUGAUGCUUUCCGGCUGAUUAAUCCACAAACUAUGAUGCUGGGUCAGGAACCACGACAGACAACUUCCAACUUGGGCCAUCUAAACAAGCCAUCUAUCCAAGCACUGAUCCAUGGAUUGAAUAGACAUUAUUACUCCAUAGCAAUCAAUUACAGAAAGAAUGAACUUGAAGAGAAGAUGUUGCUUAACCUUCACAAAAAGAAGUGGACGGAUGGUUUGACACUCAGGCGCUUUGAUUCACAUUCGAAAACUAAUGAACAGAUUGUUCAGGAGAUGCUAAAUUUAGCAUCCAAGUACAACAAGGCAGUGCAGGAAGAAGAUGAGUUGCCACCUGAAAAACUCGCAAUUGCAAAUGUGGGUAGGCAAGAUGCUAAGAAGCACCUCGAAGAGCACGUUUCCAAUUUGAUGUCAUCAAACAUUGUUCAGACUUUGGGAAUGAUGCUCGACACUGUUGUUUUCUAGAGUUAGCAUUGUCUAAUGUAUUCCUCCUUACAGCAGUAUUUCAUUAAAUACUUCUGACAAGUUUGUUAACAUAAAUUGUUUUAUCACGGUAUUCGUAUUUUUGUGUGUUCUUUAAAAUGCAGGAGUUACAUGUUACAGGAUGAGAAUCAUAUUUUAAUCCGUCUAAAAUGUAAUGGAGGUCUUCUUGAUGGUGCGCUAAA